AUGGCGAAAAGUAAUAAUGAUACUGAUGCAGCUCUUAGUAGCGAUAAUUCGGGUUUCUUUGGCCCAAUUGUUGAUAAUAUUUUCCAACCUGGUGUUAAUUCUCAAGUAGUCAUUUUUAUUAACGUCGUCUUCGUAAUCCUGUUAAUUUUAUUUAUAACUUUAGCGGUGUUAUGGGAGUUAAAUAUUCACCUUAUCAUCCUAGGAUCGCUAACCUUUAUCUUAAUUAUUUCAAUAAAUUGGUUUCUUGCUGAAAUCCAAAAAGUAAAGAUGGAAAGUGCACAGGAACAUAACGAAGAGGAUCAUAACAAAAAGGAUUAA